AUGGUCGCUCUCACCUUGGGCAGUUUCUUGAGUCUUCUUGCUCUCGUGGAUGCCUACAGUGUCGACAAAGUCAAAACAAAGUCUGGCUCAUUCUCGACAAAAUGUAGUGGUCUGGCUAGCAAGAUCAAAAUACCUGGUGGUACGGUCGCGUUCACCGCCUACAUCACCGCGAAUACAACUCUGCAGUUCCCUGAGAGUGACCCAUCAUGCACUCGUCCUUCGCAGGCUGUAUCUAUCGACCUUUGCCGCGUCGGAUUGAACAUCUCCACAUCGGCGCGUUCCUCGAUUCGCAUGGAAGCAUGGCUGCCGCAGAACUGGAGCGGCCGCUUCCUUAGCGUAGGAAACGGAGGACUAGGAGGCUGCAUCCAGUACGAGGACAUCGAAUAUGCUGCAUCGCUGGGCUUCGCUGCUGUUGGAACAAACAAUGGUCACGACGGAACGACGGGACAGAGCUUCCUCAACAACCCCGAAGUCAUUGCGGACUACGCCUACCGUGCAGUACACACAGGUGUACUUGCAGGCAAAGACAUUAGCCGCACCUUCUACGGGAAGAAGCACAGGAAGAGUUACUAUCUGGGAUGCUCUACCGGUGGAAGACAGGGCUUCAAGUCCAUCCAAGAUUUUCCCGACGAUUUCGACGGUGUCGCAGCUGGUGCUCCCGCCUUCGCCUUCAACAACCUUACUUCAUGGAGUAGUAGUUUCUAUUCCCUUACGGGACCUCCAACAGCUCCGACAUUCGUCCCAGCCAGCUUGUGGCCCGUUGUUCACCAGGAUGUGUUGAAGCAGUGCGACUCUCUGGAUGGGGCCGCCGACGGAAUUCUUGAGUCACCCGAUCUUUGUGAUUACGAUCCAUCUGGCCUGCUGUGCACAGCUGGGCAGAACUCAUCAUCUUGUCUUACUUCGCAGCAAGUAGAGACCGUCCGCAAGGUCUUCUCUCCCAUCUACGACGAUGAAGGCAGUCUGGUGUACCCUCGUUUGCAGCCCGGUGCUGAAGCAGCCGAGGCACCUUUCUCACUGCUAAAUGGCCAGCGUUCUGGAUCUUCUGAUUGGUUCUCAUAUGCCAUCUUUAACGACUCUAAUUGGGAUCCUCUCACAUUGAAACCUAGCGACUAUCGCAUCUCUUCUGGACUCAACCUCUUCAACAUCGAAACCUGGAACGGCGACCUGUCCUCCUUCAAGCGAAGGGCAGGUAAAGUGAUUCACUACCACGGCCUUCAGGACGGCAUCAUCCCCGACUCGAACUCCCCACGUUACUACGAGCACGUUUCCAAAACCAUGAACCAGACUCCGGAGCAGCUCGACAGCUUCUACCGAUACUUCCGUAUCUCGGGCAUGAUGCACUGUGGGGGUGGACUGGGCGCCGCUGCCAUUGGCAACAUGCGCCGAAAUAUGGGCAGCUUGGAUCCACAGGAGAAUGUGUUAACUGCGCUUGUUAGGUGGGUUGAGGAAGGUAUUGCGCCAGAUACCAUCACAGGUACUGCGUUCAACAAUGGCACAGCGGAUAGUGGGGUCGAUUUCAAGCGCAAGCAUUGCAGGUGGCCGUACCGAAACAUUUACAAGGGACCUGGAGACUUCAAGAACCCAGACAGCUGGAAAUGCGUUCUUGAUGCUUGA